ACACCCUUCCACUUGGACCAAACGACAAGGGAAUGCAAAUUGCAAAAGCACACCCCAUAAUCUCCACACCCGGCCUCACCGCCUCUCUCUGGCACGAAUCUCUUUCUCUCACUAACUUUCACCGGAGAUGUGGGUGGUGGGAGAUGGGUUGGUGUGAAAUGGAAGGUGGAAGAGAGACGAAAGUGAAACAAAAGGAAGAAAAAGGCGAGGGAGAUUUUUGAGUGUGGGGCUUUGGGGGGAUUAUGGAUUGUGGGAAACCCUAAUUGGGUGUUGGUGUAUGAGUGUGUGUUAGAAAAGAAAAGGGAGUGGAUGGUCUGGGGAUUGUUGAGGGAAGGGUUUUGUAUAAAUGGGAGGAGGUGCACAAGGAGAAGUGCUGGGAUCAGAUCUGAUUGAAAAAUUUUGCGAAGAUAAGAGGGAGACGAGAGAGAGACUGACAGAAGAGAGUGAGCACAUGCAGGCAAUUUGUAUAAGGGUAUACCUAUGCCGGUGCGUGCUCACCUCUCUUUCUGUCAGCUUCAGGUGCUGCCUCUCUCACCUCUACUAUCUCAUCCCUUCUGCUUCUCCACUUACACUUCUUCCUUCGUUCUUUCUUUUCUAUAUCUAUUUAGUCUAUAUAUACUGUCUUUGCUGUUCUCCCUCUAGAAAAAAGGAAGACACCCUCCGAAAUGACAUAUCUUGCAGGCUUGACCGAUCAACUUUUGCAGUUCAGUUCCCCUCCCUCUCCGGAAUCUACGGCGUUUCUCUCUCCUUACACUUUAUUUUUGUUUUCUUUCAAGAACUAAAAUUAAAAUCUCCCUCUCUGUACCCUCGUAAUGAUUGGAGUUGAACAAGGCAAGAACUUUGAUGAGAAGUUCAUCGGAGAGGUAAGGUUGCAAAGCCACAUCCACCACCAGUCGUUUGCAUUUUGUUUCCUUUUCUUUGAUAUAUAUUUGGAAUUAUGAGCAGGCCCGGCAAAAGCCUUGUAUGGCUUUUUCGAUUUCUGGAUGAAGAGAAAUACGACCAACAGUGGUUCGAAUGUAUAUAGAAAGAAAAUUUCUUCUUUUACACUUCUUACCAUUAGAUAGUGUCCAUAAAUCUCAUGAUAGGUACUCAAAGAUUCAUACUGAACUUAGAUGGGAGCUUCUGAUCUAGUUGCCACCGGAGGCGACUGAGGGCAGCAGUUUAGUUGUUUGCAUUUUAUUUCUUUUUCUUUGAUAUUUUUUCGGAAUAUAAUAUUUAUAAUGGUGCUUGAAAGCGUGACUUUUGAUGGUCCUCUUGUUGGAGAGGACGAAGUUGAAGGUACGCCUGGUUCCUGUACAGAUUUAACGGAAAACUGUAUUUUUUUUUGGAAUAUAAAUUCUACAUGUUCACGUUAUUAGCUUGUUUCAAAAGCCCUCUCUUUCUCUCCUCCCCUCCUUUGUCUAGUGGAUCCUGCGAUGUCUACUGGACCAUUUUCCGGAGCUUUCAUAUAAUUCUUUGGCUCCUUGAUGUGGGUUUCGUAUCACGGAGUCGUUGUAUGAAGAAAGAGUGGUCCUUUUGGGAAUGAGUCAUUGUGCAUGGUUCCCAAUAUGGGAAGAUUCCCUCGUUUCCAUAUCUGGGGAGAUACGGACUAUUUUAUUGCCUUGUCCGAAAACGAUUGCAGAAGAGAUUUUCCUUAUACAGCACUUAUUGCUUGGUGCUGGGAGCAAUAGUCAGCUUCACCAUAAAAUCACCCAGAGCAAGAAAUGUUAUCUGGAAGACUUCUGGUCUCUUCCUCAGUAUUGCACUCUUCAUUGGAUCUUAAUAUCUUACCCCCACUUGGUGCCAAAGACCAAAAUUUGUAUCUCCACUCUUUCCUUUGUGAAGCAUGUGCUGCAUACCAUACCAUAUAUGAGAAGCCAAAAGCAUAAACCUUAGUUGGUGCUUUUGUUUUUUCUCGUCUUAUAUAUCUUAAAGGAUGCUCCAGUUCCAUAUCUCUAAGACCAAAGGGAUGGGCCCACUCAAGUAAUACUCAACCAUGGAUCAUGAUCGGGACUGCAAAAUUAAAGAAUUAGAAUGGAAGAGGAAAUAUUAAGUGUGAUAUCAAAUGGAGGAACAAAUGUGAUUGUAGAAGCUUCAGAUUCGAACAGCAGCAGUCUCCCAUUUCAUGGAAGCAAGCGCACAAAACAGGGUAUUAGUGUCUCUUCUGGAAGGUUCAAAGGGGUUGUACCUCAGCAAAAUGGGCACUGGGGUGCACAAAUAUAUGCCAACCACCAGCGAAUUUGGCUUGGUACAUAUAAAUCAGAAACUGAAGCAGCAAUGGCUUAUGAUAGUGCAGCCAUCAAGCUCCGAAGUGGGGACAACCACAGGAAUUUUCCAUGGACUAACCUCACCAUUCAAGAGCCCAACUUCCAAAGUUUUUUCAGUACUGAAACGGUAGUAAACAUGAUUAAGGAUGGCUCCUACCCAUCCAAGUUUGCUGAAUUUCUGAAGACUGAAUCACAGAGAGGAGAAACAGAAGUACUCAGUCUUGACCAAGUGGGUGUGCACCGGAAUGGAAGGUUUAUGUGUAGGCUUCUUUUCCAGAAGGAGCUUACCCCAAGUGAUGUGGGUAAGCUCAACAGGCUUGUGAUCCCAAAGAAAUAUGCUACUAAGCACUUUCCUCCUAUUUCUGAAAGCGUGGAAGAAAAUGAGGAUGGUGGUGCAGCGGCCGACAUGCAGCUGGUUUUUUAUGACAGGUUAAUGAGGCUAUGGAAAUUCCGGUACUGCUAUUGGAGAAGUAGCCAGAGUUAUGUCUUCACAAGGGGUUGGAAUCGGUUUGUAAAGGACAAAGAACUAAAUGAAAAUGACAUUGUUACUUUCUACCUGUGUGAGUAUGGACAAGGGACAAAAGAGGGCCGAACAUUCUGUAUGAUUGAUGUAGCUUAUGACAGGAACACUGAUGGCCGGGAUGCAAACAAUGGUAGCUUUGUUGAAGGGCCUAAUCGAUAUGUUGGGCUGCAAAUCGAGUUGCAACAAGAUUUGAAGCAAAAUAUCGGGUAUAACAAGCAUGAGAGGAAAUCCCAAGAAGAGGAAGAGUCUGUGGGAACUGAACCAGCACUUGAGGGGCAGAAAAAAGGUCUUAGACUUUUCGGUGUACAAAUUGGCUGAAAAGAACAUGGUUUCGGCACUGAUUUUGCAUCUCUUAUUAUUUCAUUGAUCACUUUCCGGUGAUAUUGUUAGUUGAAUUCAUUACAGGAGUAGUUUAGGUGUUAAAUGGAAACAGUGGCAUCCUUGAGGAGGAUACUUGUUGAGUUCAUUUCAUGAGUAGUUUUGCUGUUAAGUGGAAAUAGUAGUAUCCUUGAGGAGGAUGCCGAUAAUUUGGCAGAAUAUUGAAAUAUGUACUUUCCAUUGUCCCCCAAAACAACAAUUGGACAUCAAUCAGUUUUCAUAUGUAUAAAUGUAUAUAUGUGUGUAUAUAUUUGCUAAUGUGGGAUGCAUUGGUCUCAUUAAGGCCUCCAAACUUUGUACACGUGAUAGGAGCAGAUUAAGUAAAGAGUUGAUGUAGUCA